AUGUAUCAACCAUGUGCACAUGAUACUAAUAUAGAGUCAUCGAAAAAAUGUGGUAUAGCACUUUGUAUUUGGCCACAAGUAACCGAUUAUUUUGUUUUUGCAUUUUUUACAAUUGAAAUGUGUAUUAAAAUGACAGCAAUGGGAAUAUUUGGUGAUAAUUUAAAUCUAUCAGCUAUUCGUACAGCUCGAGUACUUUGUCCAUUACGUGCCAUUAAGCGUGUACCAUCGGUGCGUAUUCUUGUUAUGCUUCUACUUGAUACAUUACAUAAUUAUGCAUUAUUCGAUGAUUUUCCUCUUCAAUCUUUUUAUAUUCCUCCUGAUCAAGAUUCAUUUAUUUGUUUUGAUCCAUCAUCAAGUGAAAUGACAAAAUGUUCAGAAAUUCUACAAUCUCGUCGAGAUAAUAUGAUAUGUGAACUUGAUUUUCAUUCAUUGACUUUAUUAUUAACAAAUAAAACAAUAAAUAGAUCAUGGCUUGCUAUCUUUCAGAUAAUUACUUUUGAAAAUUGGAUUAAUAUAAUGUAUUAUAUACAAGAUGCACAUUCAUUUUGCAAUUGGAUUUAUUUUGUAUGUCUUAUUAUUAUUGGUUCAUUUUUUAUGAUGAAUCUUUGUCUUGUUGUUAUUUCUACACAAUUUCAUGAAACAAAAAAAAGGUGAAACAGAACGAGUUUUAGCUGAACAAAGACGUUUUUCAUACUCAAUAGCUGCAGUAAUAAAUUAUUAACAAGAUUCUUGUUGGAAAGAAAUAAUUAAAUAUUUUCAACGAUUAUCAAAAUGUACAUAUGAACGAUUUAGAAUAUUCUAGAAAAAUUAUCGACAAAAACGUGAUAAACUAAAUAUGACAAAAAAUUUCAUAAAAUUAAUCAGAUUAAUAAUUUCUAAUAGGAGAAGAUCGAAGUGCUAGUUUUUAAAGAAUAAAUCCUAGUCAGUUGAUUAAAGAUCAAUCAAUCUGAUUAUGUAAACAAUACUUUUGUAAUAUGAAUUU